UAACGUCAAUAGAUUAGAUAGGUUAGGCUUCAAUAUAAUAUUUGAUGUAUAUUUCACUUUCAGGGAAGGUUAUUUUUCCGUCAUUGAUGUUACCCGUGUUUUCCACUGAAUAAUUAUUGUCGUACUACCACAAAGGUUUGAAUAUGUUGGAGCCCUUGGUUGGGAAACUGAAACCCAUGAGGAUAGUCCUCGCCAGUGGUUCUAAACAACGAGAAGUUCUUCUGCGAAGCACGGGUUUGGAUUUCGAGAUAUAUCCCUCAAGUUUUGCUGAGAAUUUGAACCCAGACGACUAUACAUUCAAAUAUUUCGUAGAGGCUACGGCACAAAGAAAAACGGAAAAUGUUUUUGAGGUAAUGAAGUACGAUGAGAAGAGGCCAGAUUUGAUAAUUGGGGCUGAUACUAUGGUAACCUUUUGCGGUAAAAUGUACGGAAAGCCUAAGGAUAAUAUGGAGGCAAGAAGGAUGAUAAAAGAUUUAACACAAAGCGACAAGCCUCAUGAGGUUUAUACAGGGGUAGCUAUAUGGUAUAAAGGAGAAAUUCACACCUUUUCUGAAAUGACCAGGGUUCAUAUGACGAAUUUGACUGAUGAAGAAAUAGAGAAUUAUAUACUGACCAAAGAGCCCAUGGGUAAAGCAGGAGGAUAUGGAAUACAAGGCUUAGCUGCAACUUUUGUGGAAAGGAUAGAAGGCGACGUAAACAAUGUUAUAGGUUUGCCUCUGUGUCGAUUGGUCAAGGAACUGAAGCAAAUUGUCAAGCUUUAAAUGUACCACACCACCAAUACGCUUUUGAAGACAGAGUACAAAAGAUUUUCUGUUUAUUAUCGCAUGCUUAUUUGUAGUUUUUCCCACAUUUUUUUACCAGAAAAAUAAAAUGUUUUCGAUUGGAAAA